ACGAGCGGCCAUAUGCGUACGGACGUAGAGCAUCCCAAAAAUCGCCUCUGUCACACAACCAGGAAGAAGGUGGGAUAGCCCUCCAAAGCUAACAUCCCAGUCUUUCUGCACACUUUCUCCGACAAAUCAUGGGCCCGUCCAGGUUGAAAUCGGCCCUGGUGGCGUUUCUGGUAGCUCUGGGGUGUUUAUUACCGGUGGACGCAGAUGAACAUGAGCACACGUAUACAGAUAAGGAGGAAGUAGUUUUAUGGAUGAACACAGUGGGGCCUUACCACAAUCGACAGGAGACGUACAAGUAUUUCUCGUUGCCGUUCUGUGUCGGCAACAAAAAGACCAUCAGCCACUACCACGAGACGUUGGGAGAGGCUCUGCAGGGAGUGGAGCUGGAGUUCAGUGGUUUGGACAUAAAGUUCAAAGAUGAAGUGAUGCAGACAACAUACUGUGAAAUUGACCUAGACAAGAACAAGCGGGACGCCUUUGUUUAUGCCAUAAAGAACCACUACUGGUACCAAAUGUACAUCGACGACCUUCCCAUCUGGGGAAUUGUUGGAGAGGCGGAUGAGAACGGAGAAGACCAUUAUCUGUGGACGUACAAGAAGCUGGAGAUCGGGUUUAAUGGGAACAGGAUCGUGGACGUGAACCUCACCAGUGAAGGCAAAGUCAGACUUAUCCCAAACACAAAGAUCGCCAUGUCCUAUUCAGUUAAAUGGAAGAAGUCAGAUGUGAAGUUUGAGGACAGAUUUGACAAAUACCUCGAUCCAUCCUUCUUCCAGCACAGAAUUCACUGGUUCUCCAUCUUUAACUCCUUCAUGAUGGUCAUCUUCCUGGUCGGUCUGGUGUCCAUGAUUUUAAUGAGAACGCUGCGGAAAGACUACGCCCGAUACAGCAAAGAGGAGGAAAUGGAUGACAUGGACAGAGAUCUGGGGGAUGAGUACGGCUGGAAGCAAGUUCACGGAGAUGUGUUUCGGCCCUCCAGUCACCCGCUUAUCUUCUCAUCUCUCAUUGGCUCGGGUUGCCAGAUCUUCUCCGUGUCCCUCAUUGUCAUCAUCGUGGCCAUGGUGGAGGAUCUGUACACAGAGAGAGGAUCAAUGCUGAGCACGGCCAUAUUUGUGUAUGCAGCCACCUCUCCCGUCAACGGAUACUUUGGGGGAAGCUUGUACGCAAAACAAGGAGGGAGGAGGUGGAUAAAGCAGAUGUUUAUUGGGGCGUUCAUGAUCCCUGCUAUGGUGUGCGGGACGGCCUUCUUCAUAAACUUCAUUGCGAUUUAUUACCACGCCUCCAGAGCCAUCCCCUUUGGGACCAUGGUGGCCGUGUGCUGUAUCUGCUUCUUCGUGAUUCUCCCACUGAACCUUGUAGGAACUAUUUUGGGGAGAAAUCUGUCAGGACAGCCAAACUUCCCCUGCAGAGUCAACGCUGUCCCUCGGCCAAUCCCUGAGAAAAAAUGGUUCAUGGAGCCGGCCGUCAUCGUGUGCCUGGGAGGAAUUUUACCAUUUGGAUCCAUUUUCAUUGAAAUGUACUUUAUCUUCACGUCGUUUUGGGCCUAUAAAAUCUAUUACGUGUACGGCUUCAUGAUGCUGGUGCUGGUGAUCCUGUGCAUCGUCACGGUCUGCGUCACCAUCGUGUGCACGUACUUCCUGCUAAACGCCGAGGACUACAGAUGGCAAUGGACCAGCUUCUUGUCUGCUGCCUCCACGGCGGUCUACGUGUACAUGUACUCCUUUUACUACUAUUUCUUUAAAACCAAGAUGUACGGGCUUUUCCAGACGUCCUUCUACUUCGGCUACAUGGCAGUUUUCAGCACUGCUCUGGGAAUCAUGUGCGGUGCUGUGGGGUACAUGGGGACAAGUGCCUUUGUGAGGAAGAUCUACACAAACGUGAAAAUCGACUAAAGACGCGAAACCACCACAGAAACAGGGAUCUGAACGGAUUUGCCUCCAAGAAUCUGGGAAGACGGCGGCACAAGUCAUUCUUUAGUACUUUUCUUUCUUGCAAAGAGAUCGAGAGAAUCUCACUUUAUACAAUGUAGUUUUUUCCAUUUCUUUCUGAAUGAAUUUCUGCGCCGCUAAAUGACUAGAGCAAAUCUGUGAGCGUGAGAGAGGUUUGGUUUUUAUCUAAAGCUUUCAAAAAUAAUAACAUACUACGGUGGGGCGAUGGUGAAGGCUGCAUUGGCUCCUUAUUGGUUUCUUCCGGCCCAGUCCCACCUGAGACCAGUGAACAUACAUGUGUAUUGAUGGACAUAGUGUAGCUCUCUUCAGUGAAGAGGCCUAAGUGUAUUGAAAGCCUUUGUUUAUUGUGUCAGGAAACAUUGGAGUUGGGUCUGUGCCCGUUUUCCUGACGUCGUUUCUAUUUUGUAUCCUUGAAGUCACAUAGCGUUACUACCACAGUGCAGUAGUUUGUUCAGAUUACUUUUCACCUCAACAAAAACAAUAAAAAAAAACUGUCACUUACAAAUCAUUCCCCCAUUGCCAUUUCCUCCUCUUUGAUUCCCUGUUACAGUAGCAGUCCAUGCCGUCUAUAUAUUUUAGUCUCGCUGUUUCACUGUACAGCCCGGAGGUAGGUACAGUCAGAACUGAAUUUUUUUUUUUUUUAUAAAGAGGACGCUUGUCGUGGUCUUGUUUUCCCCAUUUAAGUCUUGUUUUCUUAAUGUUUGGGUUUGAAUGAAGUCUACUUGUAAAGAUAAUAUAUGAAUGAGGGGGGAGUGUAUAUAACCUUAAUAAUGUACCUUUAGAUGUAGAUCCCAAAUGUAUUUUCGUUGUACAGGUUUACUACAGGGUGUUUUUUUAAUGAAUCAUUCAGUUCAAAACAAUAGAUUAUAUUUUGGUUUUCACUUUCUUCCUCUGUUCGGUGCUUGCGGUGGGGCUGGUGGCGCUGUUACAUCUUGCCUGGAAUUGCAUGAAAUUUUCACCUCGUCAUACUUCUCUCACUGCUGUUUUUAAUUUCCAUACGAUAUCAGUCGGUUGGGUUUUUGAAAAAGGCCUGUUUAUUCCAACUGUGUAUUUACUAUUUUCAAACAAGGUCAGGAGUAUAUUGUAGCUCUUGUAAUUCGCUUUGUUUGGGCAUCAAAGCGCAUGGACAAGAAAGGACAGAUUUUUACUCUAUUUAUUCAAUUGUUACUUUAGAUACACACACAAAACUACCCCUAUCUUUACAAAUUUGUUCAUAUUUUCCCUCUUAAGUGAAAUGUAAGCAGCACUAUUGCGUGUCAAAUGGACUGCCUAGAAGUUGAGCAUGAAUCCAGUUUAAAUUCUUGUUUUUUUUUACACAUUUUGGUCCAUGAAUGCAAGUGUGAGGCUAGACAAUAGAGAGACUUAGGUAGGUUUAGAGAUUAUGUAGAAUUAGGGUAUGGUGUAGCAAGUAGAUUAAGGGUUACUGCACUCGUAGCAAUUGAGAAAACACGAAAGACGUCAUAGUAAGUUUGAUAAAGCUUGUGCUGAAGUCGGGAGGAUAGUAAAUAUAUAAACUAAAAGUGUAGUUCGCUUGUUUGCUGUCCAUUGAUAAUUACAUGAGCUACAAAUUUACACAACUACAUUGAGUCCUUGUUUCGAAAACCCGUAUCAAAAUCGGUACCUCCAUUUUAAAACAUACAUUUUGCAUCUCUUGGUUUAAUCCAUUAUUUAAAGCUUUAAGGCUCUACAUCUUCGGGUAAGCCAUCUCCCUCCUGUUUUGUUCUCUGCCUAACCCUAAAACAUCUUGUGAAUGUCAAAGAGGAAUGGGGCAGUGUGCUUUAUUUCUACAUACUGUACAAAGUGAAGUUUAUGGACACUUUUGAUGUUUUCAUAGCCACACAACAUGCCAGAGUGUUUCGAUGCUUUGUUCCCACUUUGUGUAAAUACCGUAUAUACCCUAAAUGUAUGAGAAGUGGCAAUGCCUUUUUUUCUAAUUUCCAGUUCUCCCCCCACUGAAGUUGAUUUGGCACCUCAUGUUGUGUACCAAUGUCUGAUUAUAGACAUUUUGAACCUGCAUAUUAACUUGCUGUAAAAAGAGAAAAUAAACAUGUUUAUGUACAGGG